AUGUUACACAACAUAUACUAUGAAAUCUACCCUAAAGUAUACCACACCUGCUUCUUUAUUGUCACUUAUUUUGCUCCAUUAUGUUUGAUGGUCCUGGCAUACAUUCAAAUCUGUCAUAAACUCUGGUGUCAACAGAUUCCUGGAACAUCAUCGGUGCUUCAAAGGAAAUGGAAGUCGCUGCAGUGUUCUGCCCAUGCUGUAGGCUCAGGAGAAUCGGUGAAAGUGAGAACCAGCACUGUCUCAGCGGAGAUCAAACAGGUGAAAGCCCGACGGAAGACGGCACGCAUGCUGAUGGUGGUGCUGUUUGUGUUUGCACUCUGUUACCUGCCCAUCAGUGUUCUCAACAUCAUGAAGAGUUUCUAUGCCUGGUUCACCUUCUCACACUGGCUUAUAUACGCCAACAGUGCCGCCAAUCCAAUUAUCUACAAUUUCCUCAGUGGUAAAUUUCGAGAGGAGUUCAAAGCAGCGUUCAUCUGUCAUUGCUCCGGUAGAGAUGAGACACACAAGGAGAGAGUCAGAGCGAGAACCAGCACAGAUAGCCGCAAAUCUCUGUCUACCCAAGUAAACAAUUUUGACAACAUCUCCAGGAUAUCUGACCAGGCUAUGUAGAGAAGGGUUUGCUGGGUUAAUCCUACUGGGUGCCACUUCACCAGUCACCACCGCCGAUUAGAAGAACACAGACGCGCUUGUAUGUUUUGACCUGCGAGACUAACGGAUGGAAGGAUUGAAUAGACCUAUUAGCCCCAGAGAAUUACCCUCACUUUUUGAAAAUGACAUUGUGUCUCGCGUAAGAGCACAUGAACCUUCAGUGGAAUUGAAAUUUUUACCCUCUGAACCAAGGGUUAUUUUCUGCUCACCGCAACAGGUGAUGUAC